AUGCCUGGUAACAAACUAAAGGGAAGGAUUGCCAGCCAACCCGCAUGUGCACAGGGUGGCUUGAUGACUGGAGGUCUUGUUGUCCACAGCCCAUUGGACGCGUUUGAAAUAUGUGAAGAAUUGGGUGAGGUGGUUAUUAGCAAGCCAAUAUUUGCAGAGUUCAGUCAACAAGCGCUGGGCGAAGCCCCUGUCGCCUUGGUAGAAAUUCGCUACUGA